AUGGUUGUGGAGGUCCCUUUGAUGACCAGGCUGGCAUCCUCCUCAUUGGCGCUGGAAGACUUGGGCCCACAAGCGAUUUCCAACAUGUUGCAAUGCUUUGCCACCCUGCAGCUCCUUCAUUUUCCAGUGAUGCACCGGAUGUCUUCCUUGGCCUUGAUGCAGCUGUCCAGCUUUGGUUCCCAGGAGUUUGCCAAUCUGGUUUGGUCGUGCGCCACCUUGAUCUACGUGAAGGUCUCGUUGUUGACGGCCAUGGAAGACGUGGAGCUCCGGCAGUUGAGCCUCCGGCCGCUGGAGUUGAGCAACACGGUCUGA